AUAUAAUUACUUUUAUUAAUUUGAAAUAUAAAUUGAAUCUGUUGGAAUCCAGUAUGAGUUUCCCACAUUAAUAUGUGAAGAAUUUAUAUUCUCUAUAUAAAAGCUUUUAUAUACGAGGCGGGAAAAAGAAGAAGAAAAAAAAAGAGGGGGGGAGACAAAAUAUAUUAUUGUUGUGGGGCUAAAGAUCUUAUCAAAAACGAUGUUUUGUCCAACAAAAUCUAGGGGUUCGUCUUUUAUGGGACCCCCCAAAGAUUUUCUGUCACUUAGCACUUGUCUAUAUAACCCCCACCACGCCUUCACCUCAAGCCCCCUUACCUCCCUCUCUCUCUCUCUCUCUCUCAACACCCUGCAAAUUAAAUUUGGCCAAUUAUAUACCUUAUUUUCUUUCAAUUUUUCGGUAAAUAGCUCCCUGAAAUUGUAAUUAAGCUCUUAGCUUUUGAAAGAACAAAAAACAGAGCUGGGAAAAUGAAGGAGAGUGGUAGAAAACAAGGUGCUAUGUCUCCAUGCGCAGCAUGCAAGCUUCUGAGAAGGAGAUGUGCGCAGGAUUGCGUGUUUGCUCCUUAUUUUCCAGCUGACGAGCCCCAGAAGUUUGCCAGUGUGCACAAGGUUUUUGGUGCCAGCAAUGUCAACAAGAUGCUACAGGAAUUACCAGAGCACCAGCGCAGUGAUGCAGUGAGCUCCAUGGUGUACGAAGCAAAUGCCAGAGUGAGGGAUCCGGUGUAUGGCUGUGUAGGAGCAAUCUCAUCUUUACAACAACAAAUCGAUGCCCUCCAAACCCAAUUGGCCAUUGCUCAAGCUGAGGUGGUGCACAUGAGAAUGGGCCAAUUCUCAACUUCAUCAACAACAUCCAAUGCUGCCACCACCACCACUUGUUCACCUGAUCAAAAAUCAACGGCUCCUAAUCAUUCUCAUCAUCAUAAUCAUCAGACCACCAAAUCCUUUUUUACCAUGGACAUGGUGGUUGAUCAGGCCAAUAUGGGAGAGUCUUUGUGGUCAUGUUAGCUACCUACCUUAAUUUGCAUGCUAGCUACCACUUUAAUUAUUAUAUAUCUGUUGUUUUCUAAUACGUAAUUAGUACAUGGGCUUGCUUUAGUGUCUGCCUCUUUAAUUAUUACCUUUUUUAAAUUUUCCUUUUACUUUCAUAGUGCAUCUCCCUGUCUCUCUACUUGACCAGGGAUGAUGAGAUGAUUAAUGAAUUAACCAUAUUGUAAAUGCGUACUAAUUACUUUUUGCAAGUAUAUAUGACAUUAAUUAUAAUAUUGUUACUAUGA